GGAGCGGAGCGGAUGGCGGCCCGGGCCCCGUAGCGACCACGGCUCCACGGCCGGGGGCCCCGGGCGGGCGGAGGCGGCCGCUCCCGGGACCGGCGGCGCGCAAUGAUGACGCCCGCCGGGCAGUCGCCGACCGUUGUGACGGGCCAGAGCCGGAGGACCUAACCGCUGGCGAGAAGCUGGCAGCUGGGGGCGGGGAAGAGCCUUGAAUCUCGAGGUGGGCAGUUGACUCUAAGAUGUCCUUGAGCAGCGGAGCCUCCGGAGGGAAAGGAGUGGACGCCAACCCAGUUGAGACGUACGACAGCGGGGAUGAGUGGGACAUUGGAGUAGGGAAUCUCAUCAUCGAUCUGGACGCCGACCUGGAGAAGGAUCAGCAGAAACUGGAGAUGUCCGGCUCUAAGGAGGUGGGGCUCCCGGCCCCAAACGCCGUAGCCACGCUGCCGGAUAACAUUAAGUUUGUGACUCCGGUGCCGGGCCCUCAGGGGAAAGAAGGCAAAUCCAAAUCCAAGAGGAGUAAGAGCGGCAAGGACAGUGGCAAACCUGCCCCAGGGACUUCCCUGUUCACGCCAAGCGAGGGAGCGGCUAACAAGAAGGAGGCUCAGGGGCGUUCGGACAGCACCAACCCCGGAGGCCUGGUGGCGGCUAUCGCCCCCAAGGGCUCAGAGAAGGCCGCCAAGGCCUCCCGCAGUGUGGCCGGCUCCAAGAAGGAGAAGGAGAGCGGCUCGUCCAAGAGCAAGAAAGAGAGGAGCGAGGGAGGCGGGACUGGCUCGGAGAAGGAUCCCGGGGUCCUCCAACCCCUGGCUUUGGGAGGACGGGGCGGGCAGUACGAUGGGGGGGCAGGAGUGGAUUCGGGUGCCGCGGAGCCUCUUGGGAGUAUAGCCAUCGAACCCGGGGCGGCGCUCAACCCUUUGGGAGUUAAGCCGGAGCCAGAGGAAGGGGACGCCGAGUGCAGCCGCCCGCUGAAGAAAGUCAAGUCGGAAAAGAUGGAGUCCCCGGUCUCCACGCCAGCCGUGCUGCCUCUGCACCUCUUGGUGCCCGUGGUCAGUAACGACAUCUCAUCCCCCUGUGAGCAGAUCAUGGUCCGCACUCGCUCUGUCGGCGUCAACACCUGUGAUGUGGCCCUGGCCACAGAGCCCGAGUGCCUGGGCCCAUGCGAGCCUGGCACCAGCGUCAACCUGGAGGGUAUCGUGUGGCAGGAAACGGAAGACGGUGCAAGACUGCAGGAGAGAAGAAACUCAACACGGAGGGCAAGGUGGAGAAGAGUGUGUAAUCACGGAGGGAGCAGAGAGUUUGGCGUUGAACAAAGGAGCAGAUUAGGCAUGUUGGUGGUGAAUGUGACAUGGAGGAACAAGACCUACGUGGGCACCCUCCUUGACUGCACACGCCACGAUUGGGCUCCUCCCAGGUUCUGCGACUCCCCGACCAGCGACCUGGAGAUGCGCAACGGGCGUGGCAGGGGCAAGAGGAUGCGCCCUAACAGCAACACCCCCGUGAGUGAGACGGCCACGGCCUCCGACAGUAAGGGGACGAGCAACAGCAGCAAAACCAGGGCCGGGGCCAACAGCAAGGGCCGCCGAGGCAGCCAGAACUCGUCGGAGCACCGCCCGCCCCCGAGCAGCACCGCCGAGGAUGUCAAGGCCAGCCCCUCGUCGGCCAACAAGCGGAAAAACAAGCCCCUGUCGGACAUGGAGCUGAAUUCCAGCUCCGAGGACUCCAAAGGGAGCAAGCGCGUGCGCACCAACUCCAUGGGCUCGGCUUCCGGGCCCCUCCCCGCGGUCAAGGUGGAGCCGGCCGUCCUGGAUCGCAACUGCCCCUCCCCGGUCCUGAUCGACUGCCCCCACCCAAACUGUAACAAGAAGUACAAGCACAUCAACGGGCUCAAGUACCACCAGGCUCACGCCCACACGGACGACGACAGCAAGCCGGAGGCGGACGGAGACAGCGAGUAUGGGGAGGAGCCCUCCCUCCACGCCGACCUCGGGAGCUGCAACGGCGCCCCGCCGGCCUCGCAGAAGGGCUCCCUGUCCCCCGCUCGCUCGGCCACCCCCAAAGUCCGGCUCGUGGAGCCCCUCAGCCCCUCCCCCUCGGGCAAGUUCAGCACCAAGGGUCCUUGCAAGAAGAAGCCGGGCGGGGAGGGGGACCCCGACCCCGGGGCCCUGUCCAACGACGGAUCUGAGGACGGGCCCUCGGUGGCGGACGAGACCAGCAACGACGGCUUCGAGGCCUUGGAGAAGAGGUGCCCGGACAAGGACAGAGCUAAGAAGCCCUCCGGCUCCAAGGCCGAGAAGCUCCCUGCCAAGAGCCUGAAGUCGGCCCGGCCCAUCGCCCCCGCCCUCCCCGCGCAGCCCAUCUAUGCCUUCCAGGCGGCCACCUUCGCGGCGUCCAGUCCGGGGUCCUCCUCAGGCUUGACCCCCACGGUGGUUCAGGCCGUGCCCAACAGCUCUCAGCUGAAGCCCAUUCAGCCCAAGCCCACUGUGAUGGGAGAACCCUUCGCGGUCAACCCGGCCCUGACCCCAGCCAAGGACAAGAAGAAGAAGGACAAGAAGAAGAAAGAGGCCAAGGACCUGGAGAGCCCCCUGACCCCCGGCAAGGUGGGCCGGGGGGCCGAAGAGGGCAAGAGCCCCUUCCGAGAGUCGGCCGGCGACCCGGGGACCAAGGGCGAGGGGCUCCUGAACGGCUCGUCGGACCCCCACCAGAGCCGGCUGGCCAGCAUCAAGGCCGAGGCCGACAAGAUCUACAGCUUCACGGACAACGCCCCCAGCCCAUCCAUCGGGAGCGGGAGCCGCCUGGACAGCGCCAGCGCCCCGGCCCAGCCCAUGACCCCCCUGCACGUGGUCACCCAGAACGGGGCCGAGGCCGGCUCCGUCAAGACCAACAGCCCCGCCUACUCCGACAUCUCGGACGCCGGGGAGGACGGGGAGGGCAAGGUGGACGGCGUCAAGGCCAAAGACCCGGACCAGUUGGUCAAGGAGGGGGCCAAGAAGACCCUCUUCCCCCCGCAACCCCCGAGCAAAGACUCUCCCUAUUACCCGGGCUUCGAGACCUACUAUUCGCCAGGCUACCCGCAGUCCAGUCCGGGGGCCCUGACCUCCGGCGGCCAGGCCGGGGGCGAGGGCCAGGCCUUGAAGAUGAAGAAGGAGGAGGAGCCCGAGAGCAGCGCCGAGUCGAAGGGGAAGAGCGAGGGCGGCGAGGACGGCAAGAAGCCCGAACUGGGCGCCGCCGGCCAGCAGCCCUCCGUCAUCCAGCAGCGCCCCAACAUGUACAUGCAGUCCCUCUACUACAACCAGUACGCCUACGUGCCCCCCUAUGCCUACAGCGACCAGAGUUACCACACCCACCUCCUGAGCACCAACCCCGCUUACCGGCAGCAGUACGAAGAGCAGCAGAAGAGGCAGAGCCUGGACCAGCAGCCGCGAGGGCUGGACAAGAAGGCGGAACUGGGCCUGAAGGAGCGGGAGGCGGCCCUCAAGGAGGACUGGAAGCAGAAGCCGUCGGUCCCCCCGACGCUCACGAAGGCCCCCAGCCUCACCGACCUUGUGAAAUCGGGGCCGAGCAAGGCCGCCAAGGACCCGGGCUCCGAUCCGGCCAAGUCGGUCAUCAUUCCCAAGUUGGAGGAAUCCUCCAAGCUUCCAGGCCAGGCGGCCGAGGGGCUCAAGGUGAAGCUGAGCGAGGCCGGCCACCUGGGCAAAGAGGCCCCCGAGGCCAAGGCGGGGGCCGAGUGUGGCCGGCAGGCGGAAGUGGACCCCGUGCUCUGGUACCGGCAGGAGGCGGAGCCCCGGAUGUGGACCUAUGUUUACCCCGCCAAGUACUCUGACAUCAAGACGGAGGAUGAGCGGUGGAAGGAGGAGCGGGACCGCAAAUUGAAGGAAGAGCGGAGUCGAAGCAAGGACUCUGUGCCCAAGGAAGAUGGGAAAGAGAGCACAAGCGGCGACUGCAAGCUUCCCCCCUCUGAGGAGUCCCGCCUCGGGGGCAAGGAGCCCCGGCCCAGCGUUCACGUGCCUGUCUCCUCGCCCCUGACCCAGCACCAGUCAUACAUCCCCUACAUGCACGGUUACUCUUACAGCCAGUCCUACGACCCCAACCACCCCAGCUACCGGGGCAUGCCUGCCGUCAUGAUGCAGAACUAUCCAGGCUCUUACCUGCCCUCCAGUUACUCCUUCUCCCCGUACGGCAGCAAGGUCUCGGCGAGCGAAGAGGCCGACAAGGCGCGAGCCAGCCCAAGCGUGAGCUGCAAGUCCAGCUCGGAGUCGAAGGCCCUGGACAUCUUGCAGCAGCAUGCCAGCCACUACAAGAGCAAGUCGCCUACAAUAAGCGAGAAGGCUUCCCAGGAGAGAGACCGCAGCGGCUGUGGGGUGGUGGGAGGCGGCGGUGGCUGCAGCAGCGUCGGCGGAGCCGGCGGGGGUGACCGGAGCGUGGACCGGCCCCGCACUUCCCCCUCCCAGCGUCUGAUGUCCACACACCACCACCACCACCACUUAGGGUACUCGCUGCUCCCCGCACAGUACAACCUGCCCUACGGAGCAGGGCUCUCUUCUACAGCCAUUGUCGCCAGCCAGCAAGGCUCAACUCCCUCACUAUACCCACCCCCCAGGAGGUGAGAACGGACGUGACGUGCCGCCGGGAUAACGUCAGCCCUGUGGGGCUCGUGACUGGCCCUCCCCCCCCAACCCCGAGGAGACGCUGGAGAUGCCACGAGAUGGCAGUCGAAUGGCGGUGAUCGUCCCGUUCGCUGCUCCCACCGGGAACGGAGGCAGACCCUCGGCCGUCUCUCCACCCACCGGACACGUGGACUCUCCCUCCUCUUCCUCUUCCUCCUCCUCCUCGGAAGCCGGAGAGCUGGUACUUAGCAAAAUAAUUUAUUCUCCCAGCCCCAGCGAUGACUGUUCGAGCCGUAGUGGGGCCAAGGAGCCGGGUGCCAUCUGGGGAGUGUUGCUAAGGGCCCAGGGAAGUCACUGCUCCUCCCCCCAGAUCCUGGCCAGUGCAGUGGCGGCAGCUGCAGCAGGUUGGUGGCUCCUGGGGCGGAAGGGCCGAGGCAGCGUGUGGGGUCUGAAUUCAGCAAGGCAGUCACCCCCCAAUCCCCCACACACACACUUCCUCCCACCCCCGCUUCCCCCACCUCCUGCGUUUCCCCAGGGACCGGGACCCCGUGGCAGGCCACAGGCGGAGGAAUUAGAAUCUCAGGAAAGAAAUUUUAGGGCUGUUUUCAGUGUGAAUAUGAGACUAAGGUCACGUCGCCCGCCACGGGACACCACUGGGGAGCUGAGAGAGACUGUCCCAGGCCGGGUGGAGGGCAGGGGUCUUUCGGGGAGUGGAGGUUCCCUCCCCGGUCCCAUGGGGGCCCAAGACUCUAGCCCUUUGAGAGGCUCCCUUCUCCCCCAAACAUUCCAGCACCAGCACAGAAGCCAACUGUCAGGGGUUCCCUGGUACCGUGGGGAAGAGAGGGACGAGGGUGUAGGUGGGUACCUGUGUGAGACCAAGUCUCCCCACCCACCCCCACCCCAGUUCCUCCGUACUGCUUCCCGGCUCCUCACUCCUUGGUCUUUCAUCCAGUCUCCCUACUGCCAACUCACGUGACUCAGGCAGAGAAAAGAGCAGACUUCAAGGCUAGAGAUGGGGUUUAAUCCCUGGGCGGGGAGCCUUGGAACCAGGCCUCGGGAUUCUCCACGGACCUCUGAGGUGCUCUGUCCGGCCAGCUGGCCGCUCUCUGUGUCCUCCUCAUUCAGGGCUAUGCACACGAACGGUGAGAGCGUCUUUCUCUCCGUCCCCGUGACCUCGAUUUUUAUAUAACUCUACCUAUAACCUCCAGGUGUGCCAACGUAAACCGGGGGCGUACGUAAGACACGUAUCCAUUUUCUACGAAGGGGUGGCCAGGAGAGCCUAGGGAGAAGUCCAAGGCCCCGGAAGAGGAGGCCGUGGGGCUCGCUGCCCUGUUCGGGGUUGGACGUCACCGAGGAGGCUGGCUGGGUGGGCCGGUGCCCGCCUGCCUCUCCUUGCGGGGGUCCGUCUCCCGGCCCAGCCUCUAGGCCUGGGAGUGUUCUGGGAAACGGGUAUGGCUCUUCAUGUUUACUUGGGAGCCGGGUUCGCCGCCUCCCCUCCUCUCCUUCCCCCCCGAUCCCGACAUCCUGGGAGAUGAGAGGAUUCGGGACAGGUGCCGCCCACCCCUUGGGUCCCUCCCGCCUCCUGGAGAGUGCCGCCCUCUGAGGGCGAGCCCCGAGCCGGGAGAAGGCACCCCUUGGCCUGCGGGGAGGUAGGCGUCUGUGUGCCCUCCGGAGUCGGAGGUCGGGCAGCUUGGUGCAGGGACCCGCAGGGGAGGCUGGAGGCAACGGGACUCGGUUCCCGAAGAGAGGAAGCUUCCUCCCUUCCCUGCUGGGCGCUCGGAUGAUGCGGCAGCAGCAGCUAGACCCAAGGGAGGGGAUCCCACCCCUGCACCCACCCCUCAAAGCUUCACACCUCUCCUGGCGCGAGCUGGCCACCGGGCCUGCCCGUCCGCCCCACGGAGCCACUGUUUUCAGACCUCUUUGCCACCUGCCAAGCAGCCCUUCCCUCUCCUGACCGCCCCCUCCGCCUUGCCAGGCCAUUGAAAGGAGCAGUGACUUCAAACUUCCCCAUGUAGGCUGCCGGGCCCGGGCCCUCCUCCCCCCCAAGUCCGGCUGUUCCCGGGAGGCUCCCCGGGGGCCCGACUGCAUGGAGACCCCCGUCCGUCCCCCCAGGUUACUGCGGGGUAGGGGGGGUUGUUGAGCCGAGGGCCCGUCUCUGUUCCUGUUUGUUUUUAAAUAUUGUUGUGUGUUUUGUAUCUGUGGCGCCGGCCCCCGGUGCGCUCUGCUGUACAUACUGUAAAGAGGAAUUGUUUGGAAAUUGUUUGGGGUAGUUUUCUUUCCCAUCGGGCAGGCAUGGCCCUGCACUUCCGCUUUGUCUGUUUCACUCUGUACCGUGGAGAGGAGGAGGCUGGUGGAGUAGGAGUGGGCCUGGUUUCUGCAGAAGGGAACAGCUCUCUUUCACUUUUUCUUAGACUAACACUUGGCUCUCUCAUUCCUGUAUCGAAGUCUCGGGGACCCGUCCUGCCCUUGCCCUUCCUCCCUCCAGCUGUGGGGACGCGCCCGCUCCCCCCCACCGAGCUGAGACGAGAUGGGUUUAAGAGCGGCAGACUGACUGAUGAUGGGAGAUGCUGGGGUGGGAGGUGGCGGGGGGGGUGGGGGCGCUUCCCUCUCCACCUCCCGGCCCAGCUGGAGCCAAGACGGAGGUAGGAAAGUUUCCUAGCCGGAGAGGAUGGAGAGCAGCCCGGAGUCCUGGAGUCGGGUGUGUCAGAGCCUGACUCGGGGCAGCCGGCGUUGCAGCGGGAAGCGUUGCAGCGUUGCAGUCUGUCAGGCCGCCAGACGCCGCCACCGCCUCUAGGAGCUGCUUGGGAGAGGGCCCUCCAACAGCCCUCCAUCCCAGAGAGAGUCCGGGGGGAAGGGGAGUGGCCGGGCUUGGAGCCUUCUCCAGACCCUCCAUCUCCACGGCGGCAGAAAGCAAACCAGGGGAGCCGGGGGGGAGAGGUGCCAACUGGAGUUGAGAGUCUUCCCCCUCCUGGGCCGUCCUACCCCGCUCGGUUUGCACCCAUCCGUCCCCGAGGUCAAGGGACUGAUGGGGGAAGAGCCUCCGGCCGGCUACGCCCCCGCAGGGAGAGGCCUGGGAUGGGGAAGGGGGCGUCCCGAGUCCUCCUUCGAAGUGCGGGAGCCGCCUCCCCAGCGCCGUUUAGGUGACCCCGAGGAGGGGACCACACUCGCUGCCCGGACCCCGCCCCCGAGUCCUGCCGUCAAGUCCCCGGGGAAGCGGUUAGGGCGGCGGGUGCAUCCGUCCCUAUCGCGUCUCGGACUCGGCCAGCGGCCGGGGGCCCGGUGGAGCCCAAGCUGAACUUCCUCAUUCAGGAAGUUUCCAGGUCAGGCCGCUCUGGGUUCUGGCCUCCGGAGUGAGCCAGUCUCCCUAGCAUCUGCCUGGCCUGCCCUGCCCCUGCCCUGCCCUGCCCCUGCCCUGCCCCUGCCCGCCUACCCGCGGGCUCGGCCCCCCGGCGGGAGCCACUCGCGGUGAGCAGAGGGCCCCGGGAGGAGGGGCCAUGUUGCUGUUUAUAGCAUUUUGUUUCAUUGGAGUUGCUCUGUUGGGUUUGAUUUCAGUCUUCCUGAUUCUUCCCUUCUGUAAAGUGUACAUUACCAAGUUCCUUGUUUUUUUAUAUAUAUAUAUAAAUAUAUAUAUAUACAAACUGUACUCUUUUUGCCUUUGUACAUUCAGGCAAGAAGAGAAAAUAAAUCUUUUUAAGAGACAAUCACAAA